AUGUGCCUCGGCCAGAGGGUGGAGUGCGGCGGCCUCUCGCAGGCCACCGCCGAGCUGUGCGCCGAGCAGCGCGGCGGGAGCCCCCUGGAGCCGCAGGGCCUGGAGGACGCCCUCUUCGACGCGGGCGUGGCGGACGAGCUCGUCGAGUUCCACAUGGAGAGGGAGCGCAGGAACUUGUCUCCGCGAGGCAGCGGUGCCAGAAAUGCGCCCCUCGACGCUGGACUGCGCGACGCCGGGGUGAGGUUCAUGUGGGGCCUCUGCCAGCUCGUCGGACUGCCUCAUGCGGCCGGAUCCCAGGCUGCCGCGCUACUCGACAUCGCUUGCCUGCGCCACGAUGGGGGAAUACUCGCAGGACACUUGCCUCUGGUGUGCACGGUGAUCGUGAAGCUGUUGAAGAAGACGGACACGGCGACCAUUUUCGUGUCCAACGCGUCCGUGCUCCCGCACGCGCAGCGCAUGGUGGGCUGCCUCAGGCAGCUCGGUCACCACGUUCCAGACGCCACCGAGGACGCACUGAGGUUCGAAGAGACCAAGCUGCUAGUGACGCUGCAGUGGGAAACCCAGCCCUCCACGAUUGAGAGCUGGGUCUCGAUCUUCCUCUCGCGCUUCAACAUCAUCACUCGUGGUAUCCAUGCGGCCAAGAUGAACAAGGUCUGGGAGCAGAGCAUGCUGUGUUCCCAAGCCCUCGUGACGAGGCUCCCAGCCUCGCCAGAGAUGCCGCCCCUGGCGCUGGCCCGAGGGCUGUUAGGCCUGAGCUUCGUCUGCGUAGGCCUGCUGCCGAUGGAGGCCGCUGACACCUCUGCCAUCCUGGGCUCGCUUCAGACGGCGGCCAUGGCCUGCCCAACGGAGCUGCAGGCGGCUUGCGAGCGAGCGGUGGCCGCCUUGCAGCAGGCGGGCAGCGAGGUGCAGACGGUGGUGGCAGCCCACAGGGCGAGAGAGGGUCCGACUUCGGCCGCUGCUGCCCAAGUCCGGGCGGGAGCUGGCGGCCUCGCAGUGGAGAUGUAA